UUAUGCUGUGAAACUUAUAAGUGGUUGCCGUUUUCAUUAUGUAAUCUUUACAUAACCAGAAUAAUUUAUUUGAGAUUUAUUUUUAUGUGACAAUUAGCAGCAGAAAACCAGUCAGCUAUAUUACAUGCAGCACUCACAUCAAACUUACACCACAAAAUCCUAAAAAUCUAAGUUGUCCCAAUCUGUCAUCCAGAUGUUAGUUACAUCUAAUUAGAUAAAGCCUAUUUAAAAAGACUUUCAGCAGAUAUGAAUUAUUCGGUUUAUUUGUUUAGAUUUUAUCUUAAAAAGAGAGACGUAUCUGUAAUUCUGUAGCAGCGCUGUCAAACUCAGCUGCGCGUGCCUGUGUCCGCGUGCAGCGCGUUUCAUUCAGACUCGGGCUGGUCGCUGCUGUUGGUUUUUCAUCACACAUCACUGGGCAGAACCGGCAGGAUCGAUAUGUUUUUUCCUUGUGAUUUAUUUGUUUAUUUUUUCCUGCUCGCAUAAACAAAGCGCAGAGUAAACUGGAUCUGAGACCUGGACUUCCUCCUCAGGACUGGACCCUGGACUGGACUCCUGCUGCAUUUAAUGAUCCAUCAAAACUGACAGAAACAAAUUCUGUUUAACACGUGUCCAUGGCCAUGUCCAAGAGCAUUGGCACUUUGCGGGACCUUCAGUUGGCUCUGCAGCUGAAGAUUGAGGAGCUCCGACAGAGAGAUGCUCUCAUCGAUGAGCUGGAGCUGGAGCUGGACACCAAGGAUGAUCUAAUCCGACAGCUGCAGAUAGAGCUGGACAGGCAUCGCAACGCCCCUCAGCAUGAUACUGCCUCCUCCAGAGAGGCGGAAAACAAAGGGUCUGCAGUCCAAACUCCAAGAACAGCUGGUGAGCCUCAGCGCACCAAGAGACAGGCCAUCUCUGCAGAACCCACCCACCUGGACCCCUCCCAGCUGACUGACGUCACCCUCACCAGCUACCGCAAGAGCAAAGAGUCCAGUGAGCGGAUCCAGAGGGCUCUUAUGAACAAUGAAUACAUGAAACAUCUGGAUCACGGACGGAUCCUCGCCAUCACGGACUGUAUGUAUCCCACCGGCUUGGAAAAAGGCUGUUGUGUGAUCCAGGAGGGAGACGUGGGCUCGACGGUCUACGUUCUGGAGGAGGGGUUGGUGGAUGUGACUAAACAAGGAAACAAAGUGUGCACGAUUGGACCAGGAAAGGUGUUUGGAGAGCUGGCCAUCCUGUACAACUGCACACGCACAGCGAGCAUAACAGCCCUGACUGACAUCAAGCUCUGGGCCAUCGACCGGCAGUGUUUCCAGACCAUCAUGAUGAGAACUGGUCUCAUCAAGCUGUCCCAGUACAUCGACUUCCUGCGCAGCGUUCCUUCCUUCCAGACGCUACCCGAGGACGUUCUCAGUAAACUGGCGGAUGCUUUGGAGGAGACUCUUUACAGAGAUGGAGAGUACAUCAUCCGUCAGGGAGCUUCUGGAGACACAUUCUUCAUCAUCAGUGAAGGACAGGUGAGAGUUUCUCAGCAGGUGUGGAGCAGUGUGGAGCAGGUGGUGGUGAAGACUCUUUCUAAAGGAGACUGGUUUGGGGAGCAGGCUCUGAAGGGCGAGGACGUCCGCACCGCCAGCGUCACGGCUGUGGGAGACGUCACAUGUCUGGUCAUGGACAGAGAGUCCUUCAAACAGCUGAUUGGAGGACUGGAUGGAGGCAGCGACGCGCAGCUUGACAGCGAUGAGGUCAUCAAUGCCGCCAGACGACAAGUCGAAGCUGAUUUAUCCUCCAGCGUGUCGCUCAGCGAUCUGAGAAUCGUCUCCACUCUCGGGUUGGGAGGCUUCAGCCGUGUGGAGCUGGUUCAGGUAAGGAGCGAUCCCAGUCACUCGUUUGCUCUGAAAGUGUUGAAGAAGCAACAUGUCGUGAACACCAGCCAGCAGGGCCACAUCCUGUCUGAGCGCAGCAUCAUGAUGGAGGUUUGCAGCCCUUUUAUCAUCAGGCUGUAUCGUACCUUCAGAGACUCCAAGUAUCUCUACAUGCUGCUGGAGGCUUGCCUUGGAGGCGAACUGUGGUCGCUUCUUCGAGACAGGGGCUCGUUCGAUGACGGCACCACUCGUUUCUACACGGCGUGUGUGAUUGAGGCUCUGGCUUACCUCCACUCCAAAGGAAUCAUCUACAGAGACCUCAAACCUGAGAACAUCCUUCUGGACCACAGAGGAUACGCCAAGCUGGCAGAUUUUGGCUUUGCUAAGAAGGUGGAUCUGGGUAAGAAAACGUGGACGUUUUGUGGGACGCCGGAGUACGUCGCCCCUGAGAUCAUCCUGAACAAAGGCCAUGACAGCUCGGCUGACUGCUGGUCGAUGGGAAUUCUGGUGUUUGAGCUGCUCAGUGGAAGUCCACCUUUUUCAGGCUCUGAUCCCAUGAAGACCUACAACAUCAUCCUGAGAGGCAUCGACAUGAUCGAGUUCCCCAAGAAGAUCACAAAGAGCGCCGCUAACCUCAUCAAACGUCUCUGCAGGGACAAUCCGUCGGAGAGGCUCGGCAACCAGAAGAACGGAGUGAAAGACGUCCAGAAACACAAGUGGUUUGAGGGCUUCAACUGGGACGGUCUGCGGCAGGGAAGCAUGGAGCCUCCAUUCACGCCCUCAGUGGGCGGACCGCUGGACAGCAGCAACUUCGACUACUUCCCACAGGACAACGACGAGCCUCCUCCUGAUGAAGACUCCGGCUGGGACGUCGAUUUUUAGCAGGACGGGAUGAAAGUCUGAGGAACGUGGUGGGUUCACUGUGGGUCGACUAGCCCGGAAAAACUCGACUCAUCAUUAAUCAGACGUUCGUGAAGGGGCCGAAGAAAGACUGAGACAUACUGUCUGCAUCUUUUUUAUAUAUAUAAAGUGAAAGAGCAAUAAAAAGAAAGUUUUAACAUUACAAAUAAAGCUGUUAUUGGAU